GCGAUAGAGCGGCGGAGUGGUUUGACGGGCAGUCGAGGUUGCAGCAGGCAGAGGGAGACGGUGGAAGGUAAAGCAGGGAGGCAGCAUCAUGGCGGACAGAGACAGUGGCAGUGACCACGGCGGGCCCACCGCAGGCCCCGGCUCGCUGCCCCCGGGUGCGUUGGGUGCCAUGUCACGGCUGCAGCACGACACCGAAGAGCUCGCAUCCAAGCGCGUCGACAUCCAGAACAAGCGUUUUUACCUUGACGUGAAGCAGAAUGUUAAAGGCCGCUUCCUAAAGAUAGCCGAGGUCGGAGCUGGGGGAAACAAGAGCCGCCUCACUCUCUCCAUGUCGGUUGCCGUGGAGUUCCGCGAUUAUCUAGGGGACUUUAUCGAACAUUACGCCCAGCUGGGCCCGACUAACCCGGACUUGGUGCAGGAUGAGCCCCGGCGGGCGCUUAAGAGCGAAUUUCUGGUGCGGGAGAAUCGGAAAUAUUACAUGGAUCUGAAAGAGAACCAAAGGGGGCGGUUCCUGAGGAUCCGACAGACCGUUAACCGGGGGCCCGGAUUGGGAAGCGCGCAAGGCCAGACUAUUGCUCUGCCGGCGCAGGGUCUCAUUGAGUUCCGUGACGCUUUGGCAAAACUCAUUGAUGACUACGGCGUGGACGAGGAGCCGGCGGAGCUUCCGGAGGGCACCUCGCUCACGGUCGACAACAAGCGCUUCUUCUUCGACGUGGGCUCCAAUAAGUACGGAGUCUUCAUGCGGGUCAGCGAGGUGAAGCCCACGUACCGGAACUCCAUCACGGUUCCGUGCAAAGUGUGGUCCAAAUUCGGCAACACCUUCUGUAAAUACGCGGAGGAGAUGAGGAAGAUCCAGGAGAGGAGUAGAGAGAAACGGGCCUCCGAACUGCUACCUGAGGGCCCGCUCGGCGGAGAUGACGGCGAGGAUGACUGACGCGGAUUUUAAGAGAGCAGGAAUGAACCAACAAAGAAAAAAAACUGAACUCUGAGUUAACGAGACUUUUAACUGUAAAAUAGAAAGAGAUUUUCCAAGGGAAUCACCCCACACACACACAACCUCCACAGACAUGGCAGCACUUCUGCUGUCUCCUCGCCCAUUCUACUGGAUGUCACCCCACUUACCACCCAUUAAACAGUAAGCCGCUGCUAUCAAGGAUUGAACUUGUUGUAGUCUUUGAUUGGCCGUUCAGAGUUCCUGGUUAAUCACACAGCCAAUUGCAGCAUCUGGUCAGAGCCAAGCACUGACUCAUCCCAAACUACUGACAGAGAGAGUCAUUCAGCACGCCUUCUGUUUGCACAGCAACCAGGUUGUAGGGUCCAUCAUGUUUGCAGAUUAGACAGGCUACUGUUGUGUUUAGCUAUAAAGAAGUUCUUUCAAAUGUUUGGAACUGGAGUUUAAGGGGAGGGGCCAAUGCACAAUGAACAUAUCCCAUGUCACCGUUUGGUCUGUAUCCCUUUACCAUCCCCAUAUGAGAUAAUAUGUUGUAUCUUUCAAAAAAUAUUUUAUCUGUGGUGUGUAUGUAUAUAUAUAUAUAUAUGCGUGUGUGUAUGUGUGUGUGUGUGUGUGUAUAUAUACAUAUAUGUAUAUAUACAUAUGUAUAUGUAUGUAUGUGUAUAUGUGUGUGUAUGUGUGUGUGUGUGAGUGACACACACACACACACACAUGGUUGUUUGUUAUAUAUGAUGCUCCUCCUUUCAGAAAAAUAUAACAUGUAAACAGGAAAAACAUAAUGCUGUUUUUUUCCUUUGUAUUUUAUACUUACAGAGAGCAUUGAAUAAAAAAAUGGAUAACUACUUGCACUUUAGAUAUAUUAAGAAAAAUAAAUAUCUGCAUAUUAUUUUUUAUAGGGAUCUCACAUUCAAAGAGUAUAAAUUACAGGCUUUGUGACUAUUGCUGGACAGAGAUGUAUUGAGUUUGACUUAUUGAAGUACAUUUUAUCCGUGUUUCAGGAGGUUUACUAAAGUAAAUUGCAUGAUAAAGUAGUGCUACACCGAUAUUGUUCCUUUUUUUUUAGUUGUUAAAAAUGUCUGAAAACUGUGAUAACAACCCUCUUGUAUCAUGUUUAAUCUCUCCCUUAUAGAAUAUUUCUACCUGAAAUAUGGCCUUUCCUGACUACAUGACAAUGGUGCUUACUUUGGCUUUGACAUCGAGCUCAUUCUGUACAUCUCAACAUCUUUAUAACGCACAUCCUUACACUUCAUUACUUUCUGUUAUGUACUCUCACUACCUUAUUAAAUUUCCGUUGAUGGACUAAAGGUGUGCUGUUUUGUACAUUGCUGUUUGUUUUAAUGUUCGGGGAGCCUUGUUGUCUGAAAAUGACUAAUCGCGCAAUAAAAAGUCAUUCCAAACGUCCCCGUCUCUGCACAACUGUCUCAACUCUACAAUCCACCACUUUUAGCAGCUUAGGUUGAUCGAUAUAAAGAUCAUUUAUGAAUUGGAGGUUAAAAUGUUUUUCUCAAACAACGCUAACUACCUGUGACUAUUUAUACUAUAUUUUCCCAUUAUUCAGCUGUCCUCUUAUUGUGUUCUUGAAUACACUAUGUAAAGAUUACAAUGGUGGUUUUUAUAUAAAUAUCAGAUUUUAAACAUCAAGGGUAGAAGGCCAGAUUGUUGCCAAAUUAAUUUAGAAAACUUUUCAGCCUGUGACCCCCAAUAUGACGCUGCUAGAGACUGGAUAUGGUUAAAAAAUGUAACGUUGUGCACAGCCUGCGAACCCUGGCAUUAGAAAACCACAGCCCGAACACCAUCACAUUAUUUUUAUAAAUUAUUAUAAGAAACUACUUU